UUGCACCUGCAUCUGUCUCACACAAUUCACAUUCCUGUCUUCAACCAUCUUACAUCUCACCGCAUCCAUCUCCCUUACAAAGAGCAAUGAUGGAAAAUCAAUCACAACCAGACAGUCUACUCAGCUCUUUUCCUUCCUGGAUUUCUAUCCAUGGAGAUGCAGAGUAUGCAUUGUAUAAAGAGGUCGAGUCCCCUCCAUGGCUUACUUACGAAGAGUGGGCGGCAUCUGAGCACCCGCUGGGACCUUACCUGUAUCACCUCACUCUAGACGCCUGGGACGAGGUCAGCUCUUCAGUAAGUAAAGAUAACCCAGUUGAAUCUAGAAUAGUUGAUUUUGACUUUUUCAGGACGAUGAGAGUUAUACGGACGUUGUGCAUGGCGGGCCGAAUUCCGUGCCGAACGAAACAACAGUGACGACGAACGGGAAUGGAGUGCCACAUGCCAACAACUCGUCAGCGUCGACUGCAGACUCAACGGCAGGCGCAGAAGAUGUAUCAAUCAAGAAGCGUCGAAGGUCGAAGAAGAAACAUUUGUCGGAGC